AUGGAGCCUAACUACGACGUUAUUGUGGAUAUAACAGACGAGGUGUCUCGACACACUCCACAAGCCCCUGACGAAGUCCACGACUCUUACGACCCAUCAACGUUCACGACCUUUGCGCGGCAACGCCAGCCCACUGUUCAACGCCCUUCUAAUUCAUCCGGUCAUCAAUUGAGACCCUCCAGCGCUUCCUCUCAGCGUCCCUUACGGCGUAUCCCCCGUCAGGCAGAGGUCCGCCAAUCGCCCCACCGUCGAGCUGUCUCGUUACGCGCCCCAGUUCCACACCGACACCAGCCGGCGCGUACAACCCCAGUCUCUGUACAACGCGCUCCAGCCAGUGGCAUCGCAGACCUACGUCCGGCCCUUUCCGAAGCGGAGACCGACGACAACGGGUCUACAAUCGACGAUCCGUACCAGCUUCUCCAUACCUCAUACUGGCCGCAGAGAAACACCGGAGUCUCGUCGCGCACCGCAUCCGCAAUCCUUUUUGCCCUCGAGGAAGCUAUCCGUGGACCGCUGCAGCUAUCCACCGACUGGGACGAAGUGAAUGCUUCUAUGUCAGAGAUGGUAGGCGUCGCUGGGCCCGCUGGGCCUGUGAACAAUAGCCGUGGGCAAAAUGGCGGAUCCCGUGUACCCCAGAACCCCAUCUCAGGGACAUCACAACCACCGAGUGGGAUGAGGACACCUACAGAUAUCAUGAGACAGCGCCGGGAUCGGGAGGCUCGCCGCAAAGCAGAAAGCGAGGCUCGAGAGAGAGAACAAGAAGAAUUGGAACGGCAACAACUGGAGGAAAAACAGACUGAAGCUGAGGCAGAAGCCCAGAAAUAUGCCCAGGCCCAGGCACAACAGUACGCUGCUGGCGUUGCCGUCGAAAACACCUCCCAAUCAAGAAUCAGAGCCCCACGACCACCAAGGGGCUCCGAGGGACAACCCCAGACCGUGCCCGUCGCUUCAGGGGCUGUGCCUGGUUACCGACCAGCACCAGAUAAUACACCGAGUACCAGGCCAUCAGAAUACCAGACCGCACCGCCGACGGUUGGCACGGGGCAAGCAAACCAGUCACGGCCGCCACAAGCAACCGCUCAGCAGCCUCAACACGGUCGCUCGCAGAGUGCAGCAGAAAUUGGAGGUCAGCCUAAACCUAGUGGCUUCUCCAAAUCCGCCCAGGCCCUGCCCGCAGGACAAGGUGCUCCUCAAGCUCUUCAGCAGCCGAAACGAGUUGGGUUUCCGCAUGCAUUCGAGCGAUGGGAAACGCUGUCUUCACACUGGGAGGGUCUCACCAGUUAUUGGAUGCGCAAACUCGAACAGAACAAUGAGGAUCUAGAGCGUGAUCCGAUUAGCCAACAAUUGGCUCGACAGAUUACAGACUUGUCUGCCGCCGGUGCCAAUCUAUUCCACGCGGUGGUUGAACUGCAACGUCUUCGCGCCUCCUCCGAACGCAAGUUCCAGCGCUGGUUUUUUGACACCCGUGCCGAGCAGGAACGCUCGAAGGAAGUGAAGGCGGACCUGGAACGCCAGCUCAAGGAAGAGCGACAAGGCCGAGCCGAUGCGUUUUCUACCGCCCAGCAAUCUGAAAAAGACAAAGUCAAGGCCGAGGAACUGCUGAAGGAGAUGCGCCGCGAACUCCAAAUCUCCAAGGAGGAGGCACGCCGUGCCUGGGAGGAGCUUGGCCGUCGUGAACAGGAAGAGCGAGACCGAACGAACUCCCUGCGCAACGGAGAGCCCACCCUUGUUGGAGGCGUCCAGGUUGUGCCUAUGGUUUCUGGCCUCCCUAGUCGGCACAACACCACUCGCCCACAAACCCGCGAGGGCCCAUACCCCAGACAGACAGCCACAACCGUAGGCACCGACGCAUACGGCAAGCCUGCAGGGAGCGCCGGACAAUACUACGAAGAUGGUACGCCGAUGUCUCCCGCGGGAUCCGACCCUUUCAUCGAACCCAAAAAGGUUGACCCACCUACCUCAAAAGUCCCCUAUCCGCGUCCACUGUAUGCACACGACAAUACAACGGUUCCGUACCCCGCAACCUCAGAACCCGACGCGCGCUCCUACGUCGGCAGCAGCGAAGCGGGCGAUGAAGAAUAUGCCCCCUACCCCCACGAUCCCCAUGGUGACUCCUUAAGCUACCCACCUGGCCCUCCUUCAGAGGAAAGCGAAGAGUAUGAACAUUCUCUGCUAGACGAACACUAUAUUCCCGAGGGCGCAUAUACCUCUGCCCCCUCGUCCGUCCCUCCGCCGGCGCCGGCCUCCGCCGCGGACUACAGCGGCGCUGGAUGGGGCCCCGGCACUGGGUGGGAAUCUGUGACACCACGCCAUCGUCAUCCCACGCGUCUGAGCGAUGUUCUUGAGGAAGACGAGCAUAGUCGCACGACUCCCAGCCGUGCUAGCUUGGCUAGCCGCAGCCAGGCAGGCCGUAGCCAGGCCAGUCGGAGUAUUCUUUGA